AUGGAGAGCCUGCUGGAGAACCCGGUGCGCGCCGUGCUCUACCUCAAGGAGCUCACGGCCAUCGUGCAAAACCAGCAGAGCCUCAUCCACACCCAGCGCCAGCGCAUCGACGAGCUGGAGCGGCGGCUGGACGAGCUCGGCGCCGAGAACCGCAGCCUGUGGGAGCGUCAGCGGCUGCUGCAAGCCCAGCCUCCGCCCGCGCCCCCCGCGUCGGCCCCGCAGCCGGGCCCCCGCGCCCAGGACCCGCUCCAGCACCACGGACAGCUCCCCGCGCCCGCGCCGCCGCCCCAGCACCACGGACAGCUCCCGGCGCAGCCCCAGCCGGGCCCGGGCGGCAGGGCUCAGGCGCCCCACCAGCACCCGGGCACGCGGGGGGCCGCCGGCGACAAGGAGAAGGAGCGCCCCCCGAGCUGCUGCGCGGCCGGAGCCCUCCUGCAGCACAAACCCCCCGCCGCCCUCGGCAAGGGCGUCCUGAGCAGGAGACCCGAGAACGAGACCGUGCUGCACCAGUUCUGCUGCCCCGCCGCGGACGCCGAGCAGAAGUGCUCCGACCUGGCCUCCCCAAGUGAUGGCUCCUGCGCCCAGGCCGGGGGGGGCACGGAGGACUCCAUGGUGGCAGCGGAGGCGGUGGCAGCCGGCAGACCCAGUAUCCAUGCCCUGAAGGCUCAAGACCCGGAGCGGCAGGAGGAGGAGGAGCAGCCGGGGGCGGGGGGCGCCUCCCCGAGGGCCGGCGCCCCCCGCGUGGCCUCCCCCGGCCGGCAGCAGCCUGCCCUGGCGACAGCGCUCUGCUCCCACACCCCUGCUGCCUCCGAUUACGAACUCUCCCUUGACCUAAAGAAUAAACAGAUUGAAAUGCUAGAACACAAGUAUGGGGGCCACCUGGUGUCCCGGCGCGCCGCCUGCACCAUCCAAACCGCUUUCCGCCAGUACCAGCUCAGCAAGAACUUCGAGAAGAUCCGCAACUCGCUCCUGGAGAGCCGCCUGCCCCGCCGCAUCUCCCUGCGCAAGGCGCGCGCGCCCCCGGCCGAGGGCCCGGCCGCCCCCGAGCAGGCGCUCCCGGAGGGCUGCGGCCUGGCGGGGCUGCCGCUGGUGCGCCCGGCCGCCCUGCCGCCCGGGCUGGCGGGCGCGCUCACCGAGCUGGAGGACUCCUUCGCCGAGCAGGUGCAGUCGCUGGCCAAGUCCAUCGACGACGCCCUCAGCACCUGGAGCCUGCAGGCCGUGUGCUCCCUGCAGGAGAGCGGCGCCUACCAGCUGCGCCAGGCCCUGCGCGCCGCCGCGGGGCCGCCCGACCCGGACGCCCAGGUGCGGGAGCCGGGGCCGGCGGAGGAGGCGGCGGAGGGCGCGCCCCAGGGCCUCGGCGGCACGCUCAUGAUGGCCUUCCGGGACGUCACGGUGCAGAUCGCCAGCCAGAACAUCUCCGUGUCCUCCGCGGCCCUGUCGGUGGCCAACUGCCUGGGCGCGCAGACGGCCCCGGGCCCCGCGGAGCCCGCGGCGGGCCGGGCGGAGCAGGGCGAGGCGCCGCCGGGGCAGGAGGCUCCGAACCCGGACAAGGGCAUCCAGUUCCUGAUCUCGCGAGGCUUCAUCCCGGACACCCCCAUCGGCGUGGCCCAUUUCCUCCUGCAGCGGAAGGGCCUCAGCCGCCAGAUGAUUGGAGAGUUCCUCGGCAACAGCAAGAAGCAGUUCAACCGCGACGUGCUGGACUGCGUGGUGGACGAGAUGGACUUCUCCAGCAUGGAGCUGGACGAGGCCCUGCGCAAGUUCCAGGCGCACAUCCGCGUGCAGGGCGAGGCCCAGAAGGUGGAGCGACUCAUCGAGGCCUUCAGCCAGCGCUACUGCAUGUGCAACCCCGAGGUGGUGCAGCAGUUCCACAACCCGGACACCAUCUUCAUCCUCGCCUUCGCCAUCAUCCUCCUCAACACCGACAUGUACAGCCCCAACAUCAAGCCCGACCGGAAGAUGAUGCUGGAAGACUUUAUCCGGAACCUACGAGGUGUGGACGAUGGCGCCGACAUCCCCCGGGAGCUGGUGGCGGGCAUCUACGAGAGGAUACAGCAGAAGGAGCUCAAGUCCAAUGAGGACCACGUCACGUACGUCACCAAGGUGGAGAAGUCCAUCAUGGGCAUGAAGACAGUGCUGUCGGUGCCCCACCGCCGCCUGGUCUGCUGCAGCCGGCUCUUCGAGGUGACGGACCUGAGCAAGCCGCAGAAGCAGGCAGCGCACCAGCGGGAGGUGUUCCUCUUCAACGACCUGCUGGUGAUUCUCAAACUCUGCCCGAAGAAGAAGAGCUCAUCCACGUACACCUUCUGCAAGGCGGUCGGCCUUCUGGGCGUGCAGUUCCACCUCUUCGAGAAUGAGUAUUACUCUCACGGCAUCACGCUGGUGACCCCGCUCUCGGGAUCUGAGAAGAAGCAGGUGCUGCAUUUCUGUGCCUUGGGAUCAGACGAGAUGCAGAAGUUCGUGGAGGACCUGAAGGAGUCCAUCGCCGAGGUGACGGAGCUGGAGCAGAUCCGGAUGGAGUGGGAGCUGGAGAAACAGCAGGGCACGAAGACGCUCUCCUUCAAGCCCGGAGCCCAGGUGGAGCCACAGUCAAAGCAAGGAUCGCCUACAGCCAAGAGGGGAGCCGCCCUCGGGGAGCAGCCGGCGGACAGCGUGGUGGAGGUGUCAAUUCACAACAGGCUUCAAACGUCCCAGCACAGCCCCGGGCUGGGGGCCGAGAGCGGAGCGCGGGCACCAUUGCCAGACCUGCAGCGUAGCCCCUUGAGGGAGCAGCCCCCACCACCGCCACCGCCGCCGCCGCCGCCGCCGCCGCCCACACCUCCGGGCACCCUGGUGCAGUGCCAGCAGAUUGUCAAGGUCAUUGUCCUGGACAAGCCCUGCCUGGCCCGCAUGGAACCCCUGCUGAGCCAGGCUCUCUCCUGCUACGCCUCGUCCUCCUCUGACUCUUGCGGCUCCACCCCCCAGGGCGGCCUGGGCUCCCCCGCCAAGGCUGUGCACCAGCCGCCGCUGCCCCCGCCCCCGCCGCCCUACAACCACCCUCACCAGUUCUGCCCCCCCGGCCCCCUGCUGCGCCGGCGCCGCUACUCCAGCGGCUCCAGGAGCCUCGUGUAG